UAUGCGACGAUGCUGGAAGUUAUCCAGUUAGCUACCUUCUCAGCCAACUAAUGAAGGAGAAUGUGAAGCCUUCGGAGUCAUCAGAGAAUUGUUAUUUUUAAAUUAGAUUAUCUCUCUUUAACACUCUUUGCUAUCCCCAACAAUGCCUUGAUCUUUUCCGUUUUAAUAUACGGACAGGUGGCGCUACUUGCCCCUCAGUUUUGCUAAUCGCAUCGAGUUAGCUAGCGAGCCAGCUAGCUAAAAAGGCGUUAUUUAAGCAUCAUCAUUCUAUGAAGCCAGCUACCCACUGGUGAUCUGAAACUUGGGCAGUUGGACAUUUUUUUCAUCAGGACUGUCUUGAUAAUAUCAUAUGCAAGUGUUUUAUCAUCAAAGAUUUUUGUACUGAAGCAUGUCUGCACCGGGUUUCUCCAACCUAAAUUCUUCUGCCGCCUACAGUGCAAACACAACGCCCAAUGGAGGAGCGCCUGUCCCCUGUCAAAAUGGCCCUGGACAGAUGUACCCUGCCGUGCACAAUGCAGCAGGAUACUACGGCAACCCUCAGCAGAUGUACCCCUUCACAUCAAUGGACAGUACCCUAGCCCCCGCCAAAGCCCCAGUGAUGACCAAUCAGUAUGACACUAACUACUACUACAACAGCCAUCAGCAGCCUCUGCAGCCCACUGCCAGGGCGGGGCCAGGUCCUGCCCCAUACCAGGCCACUCCUCAACCGCUCAGCACUGCCAGGCCUCUUUACCCCGCCCCUAUCCAUGCGCCUCCGCAACAGCCGCCAUUCCAGCAGCCAGCCCCCCACCCGACCGCCCAGUACGGCUAUCCUGCUGUCUCUCAGGGACCCGCAAACCCAACCCAGCGGCUGAGCUCCGCCGGCGCCCCCCUCCACCCCAUCGUCUCGUACCCUUCAGCACCGGGGAGCAGCCAGUAUGGCACGCUGCGCUCCGCUCAGACCGCCGGGCCCGGACCUGUCCCCAGCGUGCUGGGGGGCCCACAGUCCCAGCUCCAGCAGGUCCCCUUGGGCAACGGUGGCCUGCCUGGCUCUGUCUCACUGGUGCAGCCCAGCUGCACUGGGGCUCCGCCUGGACCUGCCAGUCUUCUCAACGGCCAGACCAUCACAGCCCCACCACCCUCUGCCGCACAGCCCUCUGACCAAAGCCAACAGCCAGUAGCGACCUACCAGUACAGGCCGGCCCAGCCCAACGCUGCCAGUCAGGCUGGGGACAGACCCCCGUCUGGGACCUCUUCCACCUCGCUCCGCUCUUCGCCUUCUCACCAGCAAAGGAUGCAGUAUGGCUAUGUUGCUAAUAGCGGCGUUAGCUCCACAGCAGCACCUCCCUCUUCGUCAAGUUCUGAUAAGGAUGAGGAGGAGGAGGAUGAUGAGGAUGAGGAUGAGGAUGAGGAAGCAGGUGCAAACAGCUCCUCCACCACUGCCAGUGCAUCGCCUGUGCCCGAGAAUUAUGAGGCCCUGGAGGGAGGCGGCUACCCAGAUUCCUCAACAUAUGCUCACCAGCCUCCUGCCUCCAGUGCAGCGCCCACACCCAUUGGUUAUGGAUAUCCCAGCCUCCAGCCAGCCUAUCAGCAGGGACCAGCCUCCAGGACAGACUCCUCCCCUUCCCAGGGAAGGUACAGCAGCCCACCGGGGUACGAGCAGUAUCCACAGUCCUUCCCCUCCAUGUCGCAGCUCUCGGCAGCGCUGGGGGGGCUUGGCGCCCCGGAGCUGGAGGUGGAGGGGCUGCGGCCCGUCAACCUGCUGCAGGAGAGGAACAUCCUGCCCCCCGCACCCCUGCAGCCCUCCGAACCCAACCUCAGCGCCGACCUCAAGAAGGUCAACUGCAGCGGCAACACAUUCAGAUGCACACUGACCAACAUCCCCCAGACCCAGGCACUGCUGAAUAAAGCCAGACUACCCCUCGGGUUAAUCCUGCACCCAUUCAGAGACCUCACGCAACUGCCUGUCAUAACAUCCAACACCAUAGUGCGGUGCCGGUCCUGCCGGACCUACAUCAACCCCUUUGUGUCUUUCCUGGAUCAGCGGAGGUGGAAGUGCAACAUGUGCUACAGGGUCAAUGAAGUUCCUGAUGAAUUUAUGUACAACCCCCUAACACGGUCUUAUGGGGAACCCCACAAGCGACCGGAGGUCCAGAACGCCACAGUGGAGUUCAUAGCAUCCUCAGAUUACAUGCUGCGACCCCCUCAGCCGGCCGUCUACCUGUUUGUGCUGGACGUCUCCCACAAUGCUGUGGAGUCGGGAUACCUGAGCGUCCUCUGCCAGUCAUUACUGGAGAACCUGGACAAACUUCCCGGGGACACGCGCACCAAAGUGGGCUUCAUCACCUUCGACAGCACCGUUCACUUCUACAACCUGCAGGAGGGCCUGUCCCAGCCACAGAUGCUGGUGGUCUCUGACAUCGACGAUAUUUUCCUCCCCACGCCUGAUGGCCUGCUGGGAAACUUGAAGGAAAGCAAAGAGCUGGUGCAAGACCUGCUCACCGCCCUGCCCGGCAUGUUCAGCCACACCCGCGAGACGCACAGCGCCCUCGGCCCCGCCCUGCAGGCCGCCCUCAAGCUCAUGUCCCCCACUGGGGGGCGCGUCUCCGUCUUUCAGACCCAGCUGCCCUCCCUGGGGGCGGGGCUGCUGCAGUCCCGGGAGGAUCCCAACCAGAGGUCCAGCACCAAGGGGGUGCAGCAUUUAGGACCAGCGACAGACUUUUAUAAGAAGCUGGCCCUGGACUGUUCCGGACAUCAGAUUGCAGUGGACCUGUUUCUCCUCAGCUCACAGUAUUCAGAUAUGGCUUCAUUAGCUUGCAUGUCCAAGUACUCUGCGGGCUGCAUCUUCUACUACCCCGGGUUCCACCACGUCCACAACCCGGCCCAGCUGGAGAAGCUGCAAAAGGACCUCCGGCGGUACCUGACCCGGAAGAUCGGGUUCGAGGCAGUGAUGAGGAUAAGAUGCACAAAAGGGCUGUCCAUCCACACCUUCCACGGGAACUUCUUUGUGCGCUCGACCGACCUGCUGUCGCUGGCCAACAUCAACCCCGACUCGGGCUUCGCCGUGCAGAUGUCGAUCGAGGAGAGCCUGGCCGACACCUCGCUGGCCUGCUUCCAGGCAGCACUGCUCUACACCUCCAGCAAAGGGAAGAGGAGGAUCCGGGUCCACACACUCUGCCUGCCCGUGGUGAGCCAGGUGACGGACGUCUUCGCCGGGGCUGACGUCCAGGCCAUCACCUGCCUCCUGGCUAACAUGGCCAUCGACCGCUCGGUGGCCUCCAGCCUGUCGGACGCGCGGGAGGCCCUGGUGAACGCGGUGGUGGACCUGCUGUCGGCGUACCGCUCCUCCGUCUCCAACCUGCAGCAGUCCGGCGUCGUGGCCCCCGCCGCCCUGCGCCUCUUCCCCCUCUACGUGCUGGCGCUGCUCAAACAGAAAGCCCUGCGCACGGGCACCAGCACGCGCCUGGACGACCGCGUCUUCGCCAUGUGCGAGUUCAAGAGCCAGCCCCUGCCGCAGAUCAUGCGAAUGGUCCACCCCGACCUGUACCGCGUGGACGACCUGUCGGACGAGGGGGCGCUGCAGCUGAACGACCGCACGGUCCCCCAGCCCCGACUCCUGCAGCUCACGGCGGAGAAGCUGACCAGAGAGGGUGCCUUCCUCAUGGACUGCGGGAACGUCCUGUAUCUGUGGGUGGGGAGAGCCUGCAGUGAGGGCUUCCUCAGAGAUGUGCUGGGCUGCCAGAGCCACGCCUCCAUCCCUCCUGAUAUGACUCAACUUCCAGAGCUGGAGAACCCCUCUUCAGAAAGAAUGAGGUCAUUUCUGAGUUGGCUGCAGGAGUCCCGAUCUUUCGGUCCGACUCUUUACGUUGUCAAAGACGACACCUCGGCGAAGACCAGCUUCUUCCAGCACCUGGUGGAAGACCGGACAGAGUCUGCCUUCUCCUACUACGAGUUCCUGCUCCACAUCCAGCAGCAGAUGUCCAAAUAGAGAAGCCGUGAGACCAGCGGCUCUGCUGCACGAAGGUGGUCAGUAUUUCGCAGGGCUUCGGAGCAUCUUCAGCUGGAGACUCCCAUCUGACUUUGCAGGGUGGGACCAAAGAGGUUUCAGAGACCUCGGCGCACCAGCCAGCCAAUCACAGAGCGCGUGGCAUGGGGGCUGGACAAGAAUGUGGACAAACAAUAACAAUGAUGAAGAACUCGAGGGAAAUGGGUGGGGCUUUCUGGACUCCGUCCCCACCCUAUCGUAAUGCAGGCACGUUGUGCGUGUCGCUCGAACACUGAUUUGCGGCAUCAGCUCCACGUUCACCCACUCACCGCCAGCCAAUCAGCAUCCGAAGAGGGAGCACCACCUCGCCCCAUUGGAGGAGAGAGGCUCUUGAGCAGGAAAGGGGAGGAGCAUCCUCAGCUUGCUGUAGCUGCUUUAACCUAGUUUCUAAAAAAAGUUCACGUCGCUGCUAAAAGCAAUGCCUCCUUGCGUUGUUUUUUUUUUUUCUUUUUUUUUCCCACAAGUCACCAGUGAGCCAGUUGGUGACCACGGUAAAGCCGCGCUCAGCACUGCUCUGCCGAACGAAAGCCAGGGCAGGCGGUCACCUCAGCGUGAAUGCAAGUGCUCGACCGCAGUGACUAAUCCGCAUCUGGGGGGGGAGGCCAGAAUCUCUGCUUUUCGGGCGAUGACAGAAGACCCUUUGGUCCUGCUUUGUAU